AACUCUGAAUUCAGACCCAUAACUGUCAGUUGAAUUAGUAACAAUACUGCCUUCUAGGUGGAGGAUGAGGUAUUUGUGAAAUUCUGCAAUGUGAUUGGAGUGAGAAAUAUCUGAGAGUUUGAAGAGGAGAAAGUUAAAAGACAGAAUGAGAUUGCUAAAAAACUGUGAGUGCUUGUAACAUUUGGACUUAACUGCAUAUCUAUUGCCUACUCAUUUCACCUUAAUCAUAUUACAGACUUGAAUUCGAGACCCAAAAGACCCGCUUAGGCAUUCAGCUGGACUAUGAGAAGAACCAACUUUAGAAGGACCAGGAGAAAGUGAUGAUGUGGGAGCAGACUGUGAAGAAGGAUGAGAGUGAGAAGCUUUGGCUUAUUGUUGCCUUGUGCAUGGAAGUUCCCAAGUUGAUGAGUCCAUCAGCAGCCACGUCCAUCAUGAGUCCAACCUCCAGCUCUGUGCAUGCCAAGGAGGCUCUCAUAGAAAUUUUCUACAACUUACAUGAAGACCUCAAGGAUGCUUUGUCUGAGGAAGAGAUCAAGAUUGAGAUGAACACUUUGCAGCAGAGGCUGAACGAGCAGCAGAGCAGCCUCCAGCGCAUCAGUGCUCCCAACAUGAAGGCCAUGGAGAAAGUGGAGUGUGUCAGGAACAAGUUCCAGUGAAACCAGUGAUGGUAUGAAACAGUAUUUAGGAAGAUAUGGCUAGCUUUAGAAUUUUUUUGACUAAAGAUCACUGGGAAAUUUUACAUUUUUGCAAAGUCACCAGAAUAGUUCUGAAAGCAUCUGUGCCUUGGAGCCAGAAUAAAAUUUUAGUUAAUAACCUGUGGUCAGACCUCAGAGGCAGCAAACCAUUGUGGUAUUAAACAGUUGACACUCAUGUUUUUCCCAGCAAAAGACUAUUAGCGGGGGCACGGUGCUUAGUGGUUAGCACGUUCGCCUCACACCUCCAGGGUUGGGGGUUCGAUUCCCGCCUCCGC